AUGUCAUUAGGAAGAAGUGUAGCAUUCCCUGGUCACCCCUUGGGUUCUGGUCUGACUCCAGUAGCUGCGAAGGAACUAGGUUUGGUUGCUGGCAUCCCUAUUGGUGUUUCACUGAUUGAUGCUCAUGCAGGUGGAGUUGGGGUGUUGGAAAGUGUACCUGGGCAAGAUUCUGAUUCUGAAGGUUGUGGUUUCGAUAAGGAGAUGGUAUUGCAUCGUAUGGCACUGGUUUGUGGAACAUCUACCUGCCAUAUGGUUGUCUCAAGGGAUAAGCUCUUUAUUCCUGGUGUAUGGGGACCGUUUUGGUCAGCAAUGAUACCUGAGUAUUGGCUUACUGAAGGUGGUCAGAGUGCUACCGGUGCUCUACUUGAUCACAUAAUUCAAAAUCAUGUUGCCUCUCCUCAUCUUGCAAACCGUGCUGCUUCGCAAAAUAUCUCUGUGUUUGAUAUGUUGAACAAGUUGUUGGAGAAUUUGGUGGUUGAUCUGAAAAGUCCAUUUCUUGCGGCUUUGACCGAAGAUAUACACAUACUUCCUGAUUUUCAUGGAAAUAGGUCUCCUAUUUCGGAUCCAAAAGCAAAAGGAGUGAUCUAUGGGUUAACACUUGACACAAGUGAGCAACAGCUUUCUAUUUUGUACCUUGCCACCGUACAGGCAAUUCCCAUGGUACACGCCACAUUGUUGAGCACUGCAAUUCCCAUGGACAGGCUAUUGCAUAUGGUACACGCCACAUUGUGGUCUGCUAAGCUUUAUAUUGAUACUGUCAUCACUGCUUUAUAUUCUAAGUGGUUUGAUCAUGCUGUGGUUGCUUAA